CUUUCAUACAGCCUGUAGGAGCACCGUCACUGAGAACACUUCCAUUAUUAAAGGGCAAAUCUAAUCAGUGCGCAACAUUGGAAACUUUUAUAUUUCGGAGUAAAUAAUCCUCUAAAGUGAAAUGGCUUCUUUCAGAGGACUUAUGUUGGUGAACUGUGUAUCAAACGGUGUCUUUUAACCGACUAACCGGAGCGCUCAGAAUAAAGUUUCUCAUGGUGCAUUUUAUCCUGAGGCAGCACAGCGCGCUACGGGACUCAGAAAUGAAAGCAGCAGCGACACUAUUCUGCCCAUUUCUCUUUAGGAAGUAUUUCAAAUGGCUUGAUUCACGAGUCUUUCCUCGCUUUUGAUCUGUGGCUGCGACAGAUAACCGCGCGCUUCGGACGGACUUUGGUUACCAUUACGCCUAUAUUUCACAUUUGGAUAAGCGACUGAAGCUCCAAGCCAGACACACUUGGGACUCGGGACAGCAACGCGGGACUACACGAUGAGCAGCUGCUGGCUUGCCUUGGUCGGAUUGUGGUGGAGCGCUUGUUACUGCAUGUUCCUGGUCUCGGGGAGUAAUUAUUCACUGGAUGGAAACAACGAGGUGCACCAGGGUUUCAUCCACCGGCGGCUGCGGACGCACGAGAAGAGGGAGAUGCAGAAGGAGAUCCUGUCCAUCCUCGGGCUGCCGCACAGACCGAGACCGCAUCUGUCACACGGGAAGUACAACUCCGCUCCACUUUUCAUGUUGGACUUAUACAACACCAUAUCUAACGAAGAGAAAAACCAGGUGGAAGGCAUGUUGGACCGAUACCAGUCCAUGCGAACCACCCAGAGUCCUCCACUGGCCACAUAUCAAGAAACUGCCUUUCUAAACGAUGCAGAUAUGGUGAUGAGCUUCGUAAAUCUAGUACUUCCAGCAGCAGGACAGCAGCGACAGAUGUUGCGCAGGUGGAAACAGGAAUCAAAGCGUCCAAGAGAAUCUGCCAAUGUGGAGUACGACAGGGAGCUCUCUCCGCAGCGGCGUCACCACAAAGAGUUUAAGUUCAACCUCUCUCAGAUCCCAGAGGGCGAGGCCAUCACCGCAGCGGAGUUUCGCCUCUACAAGGAGUGCGUGAGCCGCGCCUUCCGCAACGACACCUUGCUACUCAAAGUCUACCAGGUGGUCAAGGAGCACCCUGACAGAGAGGCAGACCUGUUCCUGCUGGAGUCCCGCAAGCUGUGGGCGGCGGAGGAGGGCUGGCUGGAGUUUGACAUCACUGCCACCAGCAACCUGUGGGUGAUGAACCCGGGACACAAUCUGGGCCUGCAGGUCAGCGUGGAGACCAGCAGUGGGCAGUUCAUCAGCACCAAGGAGGCGGGCCUCGUAGGACGGGACGAUGCUCUGGAGAAGCAGCCUUUCAUGGUGGCAUUCUUCAAAGUCAGUGAAGUCCAUAUACGCAACUCCCGCUCCACUGGCAGAAAAAGUCGCCAGCAGAACCGAAACCGAUCCACGCAACCGCAGGAGGGAUCCAGACUGGGCCCAGCAGAUUACAACAGCAGCGACCAGAAGACGGCAUGCAGAAGACAUGAGCUCUACGUCAGCUUCAGAGAGCUCGGCUGGCAGGACUGGAUCAUCGCCCCUGAAGGCUACGCAGCAAACUACUGUGAUGGAGAAUGCUCCUUCCCCCUCAACGCCCACAUGAACGCCACCAACCACGCCAUCGUUCAGACCCUGGUGCACCUGAUGAAUCCAGAGAACGUACCAAAGCCCUGCUGCGCCCCCACCAAGCUACACGCCAUCUCAGUGCUCUACUUCGACGACAACUCAAACGUGAUUCUGAAGAAAUAUAAGAACAUGGUGGUGCGGGCCUGCGGCUGCCACUGACACCGGCCUCCAGGGCUCAUGAUGCUCGAUUCAAAGUCGGGUUGGCAGAGGGCUGCAGCUUCACCAGUGACUCCUGGGUGAUGCUGACCUCAACUAGACACCAGCUUCCUGCCCGAAUCCUCCACCUGCAGGGAGGCUACACCCUGAAAGAUCUUUUACAUGUUCUACUCAAAUCAUCCAUCUAAUAACAGGAACAUUUGUCUAUAAACUAAGAGGGGACCAUUAUGGGUGUCACCCUGAGGCAACUUCCCCCUCCAGUGUCACCCCGAUGUCAAUGACCUUCUCUACUCUCUAUGGAGUCUUCACUUCAUGGGUCUGCAACUGAGUGAAUGUCUGUGUGUUUGUGGAGGAUGUAGUUUGUAUAUUAUGUGUUUAUGGAAGUGUGUGUGUGAACGCCUAGGAGGCUACUGCACCUUCUCCCUCAGUGAGAGGGAGAGGGCUAAACUGAACUGUUGUGGGACCGGUCCGAGUGCUGCUUUCUUUCCCCUCUCCGACAACGGAACCAUGGAUCAGUUCUCUGAGAGGCUCCAUAAAUGACUCAUGAAAAACUUCUCAGCAUGACCCUGGGGAGACGACUCGGUGUUAUCACAGCUCUGAAAGCCAACAGUAGUCAGUGACAUUGCAUGGUCAAGUGACUGAACAUUUCCUUUACAGCGCUAAUGUUAACUUAAUACUAAAUGAAUGACACUUUGGAGUCAGAUUCAUAUUUCCUUUUUUCCUAAAUGUACUUUUCUCCGUAAGCCAUAUUUGCCCUCCAAAAAUAUAAUAUGGACUGAACCAAAGUGACCGCAGGCUAUUUUAGAACUCCGCUGCUCCAAAUAACCCCUCCGUGUCAAUAUUUGCCGGGCUCACGCUGAGCUGCGAUUCACCACGCUGCUCCGACAUGAUGCAUGUUGUGGCUAAACUGAUGUUUUUCUCCAAAGAACCGAAGAAUACGGCCUUAUCCCCUGGACAUGCCGCAAUUUGCCAUUUCCAUGUUGCUGCACUCUCAAAGUUAACUAACGCUUCCACCCCUGACAACCCAUCAAGAGAUUGUGGAAAAACAUUUAUGGAGUCAAAAACAGCGAGCAGAACGGCGCCUGUGCCAGCUUUCUGAAAUUAGCCCGUUGCUUUUUCAACCCUGAGGGUCAAAUGAUGAUGUUGAGUUUUGUGUCCAGUGGCAACAUCUUUCCAAUUGAACAUGUUACUGUGAGCUUUGAAUGACAUGGAGCUUUUUUAGAGAACAUAUUUUUAUGAAAAACUAAUAAGAUUUUAAAUACCUUACGUGCCUAACCAAUCAUUAAUUACAAAAUAUACCUCUGGUAAGCUGCUGUUUACAUUUGUGAUCAUGUUUAGACUGUUUGUAAAUACUUGUACAUUCUCAGCUUAUUUAUUGCACCUUUUAUUAAAAAGAAAAAAAUCACAUACCUUAUUAACAGACCGAUGCAAGAACAAAAAGUGUAUUUUUUAAUCUUUUUUUAUUAUGAAAUCUCAUGUUACAACUUGCCAUUAUUCACUCUUUUUGUACAAAAUCCAUGGGUAGUGCACCCAUGACUCGCAAGGAAAAAAAUACUUCUGUCACUGGAGUUCCUUAGACCAUGUGCUAUCCAUAAAAACUUUUACUGACAAAAGAA